AUGUCCUCCACCCCACAGUCUUCUUGCUACCUAAGGGAUGAGAGCAGCUCCUGGUCCUCGGAGGACACAGAGUACAUGGUGACCAUCUGCAAGGGGAACUGUGUCUGGGACAUGGGCAGGGAAAAAUACUCCCCAUAUAGCUGGAGCUAUUGGGAAAAUGAGAGCAGUACUGAGAACACUACCUCAAUCAACACCAAGAAGAAGCUGGAAACAGACAUCGUGCAAAUUCAGGGCGAAAUGGAGGAUACGAUCCAGGAAGCCUGCAAUGCUGAAGAGAAGGCCAUCACAGAUGCAGCCAUGAUGGCAGAAGAGCUGAAGAAGGAGCAGGACACCAGCGCCCACCUGGAGAGGAUGAAGAAGAACCUGGACCAGACCGUGAAGGACCUGCAGCACCGUCUGGAUGAGGCUGAGCAGUUGGCUCUGAAGGGAGGCAAGAAGCAAAUCCAGAAGCUGGAGGCCAGAGUGCGGGAGCUGGAAGGGGAGGUUGAUGCUGAGCAGAAGCGCAGCGCUGAAGCCGUGAAGGGUGUGCGCAAGUACGAGAGGAGGGUGAAGGAGCUGACCUACCAGCCUGAGGAAGACCGCAAGAAUAUUCUCAGGCUCCAGGAUCUGGUGAACAAGCUGCAAAUGAAGGUGAAAUCCUCCCCAAGAGGAGGUGAGCAGGCUGAGGAGCAGUCCAAUGUCAAUCUCAUCAAGUUCCACAAGAUCCGUCAUGACCUGGAGGAAGCCAAGGUGAGCAUUGCAGAGUCGUAGGUCAACAAGCUUUAA